AAUAGAUCUGUUAAGUCCAAAAAGAAGCAUUCCAAUCGCCCAAAAAUUGAGCUUAUUUCAGUAGUAAAGGUGCAAACUGGACACCUGUUCCCGGACGGAGGAAUUAAUCUUUUAGUAAUCCAGCGCGCGUGAUUACACGUGAAAAGCGAGCAACUGGAGGAUUACAUGAUGUACGAGCAAAAAUUAUUACUUUUUGCUCUUUUCCGAGACCGGUUUCAAUUGUUAUGAAACGCGUAGUAACGAAUGGUUGAGCUGCUCAACAGUAUCGUACAGAAUUUCACCACUUGUUAGCGCGUCGUCGAGAACCCCAUUCGCUGAAGACACAGAGACUACUAUACCACGAGGAAUAAAAGUAUCUCGAGUGCUCAGAACACAAUGAAAAAUGGUUCAUGUUAUCGCAGUGUACAUCGAUGUAAAAUACCUUUUUUUUGGCUAGUAGCAUUCUGUUGUCUUCUGCUUUUGAAGAGGACUUCGUCUACACUCGAUGGGUUCAACUUAUUCGUAACUGGGUUUGUCGUCCCGUCGAUGACUCUCAACCGAAAAACGAAUUCGGCUACCGCUUCGUUUCUGAGUUCACAAACAAUUGAUAUAGUAAAGAAGCGAACAGUUACUCCCAAUGACUAUAACAGAAAAUCGAGACUCGCAAAAACCAUCAUGUUCUCCUCCUCUUUGGACGGGGAUGGGGAUGACCUUAACAAUAAUGAAAACUCCCCAGACAACGCGUUCCAUCUCAUCACGGAGUACCCCAAACGAUCGAUUCUUUUCUCAGUCCUAAUGACUACUUGUGGAGCCACACUGGGGCCGUUUUUGGAUUCCUAUCAUAGUGCCUUUGGUGUCUUGGCUUAUGACGAGCCAAUCCGAUUCAUUUUGUGGGGAAGCGAAACUUAUCCCGCGUUGACCACCGCUUGGUGGGUUCCUGAACUGUUUGGACUUGCGGGGUUUCUUAUCGGAUGGCUAUAUAUUUUGUUUGAUGCCACGCUACUGAAUGCAUCCAAUGACGAGCGAUUACGACCUACUCCAUCGAAAACUCUUGUAGGGAUAUCAUUCUUCACACUGCAGUACUGGUUAAGCGGAAUACUGUUGCAAUCGAAUACAUUGGACCGAACUGGGAUUCUAAACCUUAUGUCACUUCUUGCCGCUUCUGGAUUUCUCGUUCUAGAUGGAACAUUUUCGGGUCUUACUGUUAGUCUCAUAACGUGUAUAGGAGGACCGCUUAUCGAAGCUGGUUUGAUCACCGCUACGUCGUCGGGACUAAUGAGUGGUGGCUACCACUAUACAGAUUUGGGAGAAACAGGAUUCUUUCCAUUAUGGAUUGUCCCUAUUUAUUUCCUGGGAGGCCCUGCCAAUGGUAACUUAGCUAGGGGCUUUUGGAACGCGUUGUCGGGUAAAAGAGGAGGGGGGGAAAUGGUGGCUGUCAAUGAACCAUGCGAAGUUUGUCAUAGUACUCGGCGCACCCCAUGUCCAAACUGUGACGGUGUCGGAACCUAUGUUGCAAUGGGGAAUCGAAUUGUACAGUGUACGAGCUGUAAUAGUCGUGGCUAUGUAAUAUGCCGGGCUUGCUUCGACCAAUUCGAUGACGAUCCACACGACAUCGACGGGAUCCGGGACAUAAUGAAUCGAAUGCCAGACUACUACGAGUUUCGUAACAAUUGAAUACGGCCGUGCGGUACGAGGUCCGCAAUACCAUUCAAUGUUAUGGUGGAACUAUAGAUGAAGAAGCUUCUUGCUAUGAUUUCUGUGCCAAUAUUCAAGACCCACGUCUUAUUGAAACUGCAAACAGAAUCAAGCAUGUUGAUCAUCCUGACCACAAUAAUUUCAUAAAGAUUACUGAGCAUCUAACCUCAUACAGUGCAAUGUACACUAAAGGCUUAGCAAUAUA